AUGACACGUAACCAUUUAAAAUUUUGUGUAUAAGUUAUUACAGUAAAAAAAUGAAAUUCUGUAUUAAAUGAAUAAUCAUAAUAUCGAACAACUUCACCUUUUACCCCGGAACGAAGGAAAAAUAAAAUCGUAUGCUUCCUGUGCAGACGUUCGAGCAUGGAGUCAUGAUAUACGCGUCCGUAACGCAUUCCUCAGGGAUUGGAUGAAAACUGAUAUGCCAAUUUGUGUUAUACCUGUACAUAUGGUAUCCAAAUUAUUAAGAAGUAUGACUUGGAGAAGCCGUGGGAAAGUUACACCUCAAUGCCAUCCAGGAUGCAAAUCCAAAGUGGUUUUAGAAAGUAUAUGCAGUUCUUGUCACGCUGUGAAAGAAUGCAUAAGAAAAGAAGAAUCUCUACAGAAGUAUUAUCAAGAAGAAGAAUUUGAAACAAGCCAUUGGCCAUGUGAAAAAUGUUUGGAAGCUUUAAAAAGCAUAAAAUUGUUUUGGAAAAUUAUUUUGGAAAAAGUAUUUGGUAUAGUAAUUCCUACUGAAGACGAUUUCAAAUCUAUUAGAUGCAGUAGCAUUCGGAGCUUAUCUAAAAACUGGGAAGAUGAAAUCAUAGAACAGACAGUUUUUUUAAGAAAGUUAAUUCCUUUAAGAAGAAAACACGAUAAUUACGAUAUGCAUACAUCCUUUGAUAAGGUUCGUGUGAAAUUAUAUAGUAAGGAUAUAUUAAUUGUAUCGCCAAAAAGUAGUGAACACAGCUUGAUAUGUUCAUACGAAAAUAAAUUUACUGAAACAGACAACGAUAGAGAUUUACUUAAAGGUGAUUCUCUAAAAAUAAAUAAAAGUGUUUACGGGAUUGUUGAUAAAACUGAUACAGGUUGUGAUAAUUGUUGCACAGAAUUAAAUGGCAAAGAAAAAGAUAAACUAUACACAAAUCAAGUAGAAUGCCUGCAUGAAAAACUACAAGCACAAAGCUCUGCAUUUCAGCAUUUACAGAAAGAAAAUGAGACGUUAAAGUUGGAACCACGACAUACAAACAGAAAUGGAAGAAAUCUAAACAUCUCAUCAUGUUGUCCCUUAAUAAAACACAAUUCACUAUCAGAUCUUCCUGUACCAUAUGAAUUUACAAUAUGUGAUGAAUAUAAUAACUGCAUUGCUUCCAAUUCUGAAAUGAUAAUUACUUUAAAGAAUUGUACAAAUGAGAAUUACAAAUAUAUAUCUUUACUUCAAGUUGUGCAUAAAACAAACGAUCCACGUUUUAAUGAUAAUGUUAAUUUGGAUUCGUCUCCCAGAAAUCUGGAUCCGAUGGAAUUACUCAAAAAAGUUAAACGCACGGUUGGAGAAAUAGUUCAAAGAGAAUUAUCUAUUGUAGAUGAAAACCAAAAAAGCGCAGAAGAAGCUGUUGUGGUUAAAGCUUCGUAUCACAAGAACAACCUUUGAAAUUACGCGAACGAAUGAAUUGUUUUAUUUUGUCAUGUUUCGUCAAUGCAUAAUUAUUGUGUAAGUUGUAUUCCGUAACUAUAAAUAAAGCCUUCAUACUAACUAACUAUUAUUGUCCAUUCAGGAGCUGACAAAAUUAGUCUUAUAAAUAAAGUAAAAACUUAAUCUUCUGCCGUAUUCCGAGCAUUACAUUACAUCUGAUUACUUCUGCCAUGUUCCAUCUCUUGUACAAUGCACUAGAGACAUUCACGACCCACCAAACAAUACCAAUAGUACAUUUAGACCUGUUUCAGUGUUUUCUCUAGUGUUGUAGAGGUGCUUCAUUGCAGCGGUACUUACUGUUAUGUCACUGCUUAGAUAUUUUUGUAAAAUUUCAAUGUUUGUGCUAACAAUGUUUUUGUUUA